AUGAAAUUCGGCCUUGCCUACGAGAUGCAGCGUCCCGAACUGGACGACCACGCCGUCAUCGAGGAAACCAUCGAGCAGGUCUGCCUGGCCGAUGAGAUGGGCUUCGACUACGUCUGGUUUGUGGAACACCAUUUCCUCACUACCUUCAGCAUGUCCCCCUGUCCCGAGGUCAUCUUCGGCGCCCUGAGCCGCCUGACCAAGCGCAUCCGCCUCGGGUUCGGCGUCGUCAUCCUGCCCUAUCACCAUCCCGUUCGGGUCGCCGAGCGCGUGGCAAUGGUCGACCACCUCACGAACGGCCGGGUGGACAUGGGCACCGGGCGCAGCGCGGCCUACGAGCAGACCGGCAUGGGCAUCGACCCGCGCGACACCCGCGAAAUGUGGGAGGAAUCCCUCAAGAUGAUCCCCCAGAUCUGGAACUCCGACUACUUUGAAUGGGAGGGCAAAUACUGGAAUGUGCCUCCCCGUCAGGUCCUGCCCAAGCCUUACCAGCAGCCGCACCCACCCAUCUGGGUCGCCGCGCUCCAGCCGACCACCUACGAACUCGCUGCCCAGCGCGGGAUCGGCGUCAUGGCCCUCGGCGUCAGCGCGCCCUCCGUGCUGGAGCCCCACAUCGCCGCCUACCGGGAGAACAUCAAGAACGCCCAACCCGUGGGGCAGUUCGUCAACGACCAAUGGCUCAGCUCCGUGUUCGGCCUCUGCGGACCCGACAACGGCGCCACUCGCCGGCUCUGCGCCGACUCCCUGAAGACCUUCUUCGGCCCCGGCCGUCCCUACGUGCAGGACCAGAAGGAUGUUUAUGCGCGACUGCUCGACCAGUGGGGCGGCAUCCCCGAGCACCUGGAGCAGAACUUCUCUCGCUAUGUCGACACGUCCGCAGAGGGCGAUUCCGCCGACAGUGGCGUUGACCUCUCCGGCGGGACUGCCCUGGCCCAGAAGAUCUGGGAGGAGUUCGACGCUGACACUCUGGCCGAACGCGGCGUCAUCGUCGCCGGCGACCCCGACAGCUGCAUCCAGGCCGCCAAGCUCCACGAAGCAACCGGCGUCGACCAGCUCCAGUUCCUGAUGGCCACCGAAACCGUCGCCCACGACAAGGUCAUGGAAUCCAUCGAGAUGUUCGGCAAGCACGUCUUCCCGGCGUUCAAGUAA